AUGCUGGUCAGGAGCGCGUCCACGCCGGUGCUCGGCGCGCUGCACGCGGCAUCCGGGACCGGCGGCCACUCCCCGGCCGUCCACUUCGCCGAGUCCUCGCCCACGGUCGCCUACCACCCGCCGGCCAUCUCCUGCAGCCUGUCCGCCGGCGGUGGCGGCGGCUCGGGCUCGGACCACGACCGCUCCCGCGGCGGCGGCCUGCGCCGCGCGUGCUCGGACGGCAACCUCGCCGCGCUGGGCGGCCCCGCGGACGACCACCACCACCACCUGCCGCCGCGCUCCAGGCCGGCGCUCGAGACGAUCCAGUCGUUCACGGCGCGCGACGGGGCCAGGGACGAGGAGGAGGAGGAGGACGACGACGACGCUGACCAAGAGACGAGCUUUGGGCAGUUCGGCUUCGGCAGCACGUACGCGCAGGAGCACCCGCUGUUCCUGGCCAGGGGCCUCGGGAUCGACCGGCUGGGCUCGGGCCUGCUGAGCGCCGACUGCGGGGGCGGCAUCGACGGCGGCGCCGGGGGCAGCUACCUGGCGGCCUCCGGCGGCGGGGGAGGGGACCGCUCCGGCAUCGAGAUCCACUACAAGAGGCUCAUCGGCGAGGACCCCUGCAACGGCCUCUUCCUCAGGAACUACGCGCAGUUCCUCAACCAGGUGAAAGGGGAUCGGCGGAGGGCGGAGGAGUACUACUCCCGCGCGAUCCUGGCGGACCCCGACGACGGCGAGCUGCUGUCGGAGUACGCGAGGCUGGUGUGGGAGGUGCACGGCGACGAGGAGCGCGCGUCCAGCUACUUCGACCGGGCGGCCAGGGCCGACCCGCACAACAGCCACGUCCUCGCCGCGCAGGCCGCCUUCCUGUGGGACACGGACGACGGCGCCGGGCCCGAGGACGACGAUGCCAUGAGCUACACCGGGUUCCCGGCCGCUCACCCGUCCAUGGCUUCCGCCACCAGCUGA